CCCAUCCUAACAGUAGCUGAGAUUUACGAAUGAUCCCAGGUACUCCUGGGACAGAGGGAGCUUUGCAGAUGCUCUGCAAGCAGCUUCCAGAGCUGAACCCCAGCCCUGGCAACAGCAUGGACAGGAAACAGCAUCACUUCAUGAUGGCACAUAUGAGCUACCAAUAUAAGCCCCAGCGACCUGCACAGGAGUCGCUGGCACCUGUAAGCUCUGCCAUAAGGCUGAAAGGCAAAUUCUUUCCUGCUCUAGUCACCUCCAGGUGUUGUUCCCAUGGGCUAUGCUGCCUGACCUAGGAAGUGGGCAGGGAAGGAUCAGGCUGUGGUUUCCCAGAGGAAACUGCAGCCCUGAGCUGGGUUUGGCAGAGCUGUGGGAGCCGUCCUGAUAGAGCUGCAGGCAAAAGACCAAAUAGGCAGAAAACCAAACAGUUCUGGGGCUUUGCUUUUCAUUCUGGCUGGGUUUAGCUUGGAGGAACUGAGGGAGCCCGCUUAGUGUGAGCACACAGCAGCCACGACGGGAUGAGAGGGAUGAGACAAGUGUAAUGAGGGACCCAGGGUUAAGUACCCCAAGUGGGUUUUGCCAUCUGAACUUCAUCCUCUGCAACCACUGCGGCCAACUGGCUGGUGUUUUCAUCCCGAUGAAUGAAACCUUGUGACUCGUUCAUCACAUGCUGGUGCUGGGUAACGUUUUAAGGACAUUUCGGCUGGUAGAGGAGCUUUCUCAUCGCUGUAACUCACGGAAUGGAGAGACUUCGGAGAUACCAACGAGCGUUUCAUUCUGAGUUCGCCGUGUCGCUGGCGGAGAAGAUGCAGGCUCAGGAGCUGCUGCGGAGCCUGCGCCUGCCCGAGUUCGAUGACCUGAGCCAGCUCUUCCGCAGCCUGCCCGCCUCGGCGCUCGUGGGCAUCGGCGCCUUCGCCGCCGUCAUCGCCUACUGGUUCGCCAGCCGGCCCCGCGCCGUGAAGCCGCCCUGCGACCUGCGGAUGCAGUCGGAGGAGGUCGAGGGCCUGGAUGGAGCACGGCGGUCGGUGAUCGGGGACAGCCCGCAGCUCCUGACGCACUACUACGAUGAUGCCAGGACCAUGUACGAGGUCUUCAGGAGGGGCUUCAGCAUCUCUGAAAACGGCCCUUGCCUGGGCUUCAGGAAGCCGAAUCAGCCCUACCAGUGGCUGUCCUACAAGGAGGUGGCUGAAAGAGCAGAAGCUCUGGGUUCAGGCCUAAUUCAGCAGGGCUGCAAGCCAUCCACGAAGCAGUUCAUAGGGGUCUUCGCUCAGAACCGCCCAGAGUGGAUCAUUUCCGAGCUGGCUUGCUACACCUACUCCAUGGUGGUGGUUCCCCUCUACGACACCUUGGGUCCCGGAGCCAUUCGUUACAUCGUCAACACAGCUGACAUCUCCACGGUCAUUUGUGACAAACCCGAAAAGGCCAGAACGCUCCUGGACCACGUGGAGAGGAGGGAAACGCCGGGUCUGAGCUCCAUCAUCCUGAUGGACCCCUUUGAAAAGGAGCUGAUGGAGAGAGGGAGGCGUUGUGGAGUUCGCAUCCAGACCAUGCAGGAGGUGGAGGACUGUGGCCGCGAGAGUCGCCAUGUGCCUGUGCCUCCUCGACCAGAAGACCUCUCAAUUGUCUGUUUUACUAGUGGCACCACAGGGAACCCCAAAGGUGCCAUGCUGACCCAUGGGAACGUGGUCGCGGACUUUUCGGGCUUUCUGAAAGUGACGGAGAAAGUGAUCUUUCCGAGACAGGACGAUGUGCUCAUCUCCUUCCUGCCUCUGGCUCACAUGUUUGAACGAGUUAUACAGGUAAGAAACCUGCCCGAACUGACGAGGCCUCGUGGGGCUCCUUGUGUUUUCUUCCAGAGUCAGUGGUCUCCUACUUGUGAGGAUGUACACAUUUCCUAUUUGCCUUUAGCACACAUGUUUGAGAGAAUGGUACAGUCUGUAGUGUACUGCCACGGAGGGCGCAUCGGGUUCUUCCAAGGCGAUAUUCGCCUCUUAUCUGAUGACAUGAAAGCGUUGCGCCCAACCAUCUUCCCUGUCGUGCCGCGGCUGCUGAACAGAAUGUAUGAUAAGAUCUUCAGCCAGGCAGACACGUCCCUCAAGCGCUGGGUUCUGGAGUUUGCUGCAAGAAGGAAAAAGGCUGAAGUUCGAAAGGGGAUCAUUAGAAAUGACAGCUUGUGGGAUAAACUGUUCUUCAACAAAAUACAGGCAAGCCUUGGUGGAUGCGUUCGAAUGAUCGUCACGGGCGCUGCUCCUGCAUCUCCAACCGUGCUGGGCUUCCUCCGUGCAGCCCUCGGGUGCCAGGUUUACGAAGGUUAUGGCCAAACAGAGUGCACAGCUGGGUGCACCUUUACAACCCCAGGUGACUGGACAUCAGGUCAUGUAGGAGCUCCUUUGCCCUGUAACUUAAUCAAACUGACGGAUGUGGAAGAGCUGAAUUAUUUUGCUUCCAAAGGAGAAGGAGAGAUAUGUGUGAAAGGACCAAACGUUUUCAAAGGUUAUCUGAAGGAUGAAGAGAAGACAACGGAGGCGCUGGACCAGGAGGGCUGGCUUCACACAGGAGACAUUGGGAAAUGGUUACCUAACGGGACACUUAAAAUUAUUGAUCGGAAAAAGCAUAUAUUUAAACUUGCUCAGGGAGAAUAUAUCGCACCAGAGAAGAUCGAGAACAUCUAUAUCCGCAGUGACCCUGUUGCCCAGAUCUAUGUCCACGGAGACAGCCUGCAGGCCUUUCUGGUGGGAAUUGUGGUGCCUGAUUCCGAAGUUAUGCCAGGCUGGGCAAAGAAAAGAGGGUUUGAUGGAUCUUAUGCAGAGCUCUGUAGAAAUAAGGCACUGCAGCAAGCGAUAAUGGAAGACAUGGUACGGCUGGGUAAGGAGAGUGGACUUCAUUCCUUUGAGCAGGUCAAAGCUAUUUACAUUCACUCUGAUAUGUUCUCAGUACAAAACGGUUUGUUGACACCAACGUUGAAGGCCAAGAGACCAGAACUGCGAGAUUACUUCAAAAAACAAAUAGAAGAGCUAUAUUCAAGUGUGUCCAUCUGAAAUCCUGGGAAGAACCUUCUGAAUAAUGGACUUCAUAGCAAUAUUAGAAUAAUCCUCAAAAGUACAGAGCCAGAAGGGCACAGCUGAAACGGAUAAGCAUCUGAAUCUUACAUCUGAGCCUUUCAUUGUUCUAGGGUUUCACCACUAACCACAUCUUUCCUUCUUUUUUUUCCAUCAGGUGUAAUACAGUUUAUUUUCUACUCUAUGUACACAAUAGGGUACUACUAAGAAUGAUGUUAAAUUGCCACAAAAUAUACAGAGAUUUCAAUCCAUGACCAAGUAAAUUAUGGAAACUUACAUUAUUAAUAACGCCAAACGUUUUUAAUUAAAAUAAGGAAAAUUUCAGGUAUGUCUGUUGAUAUCUGAUUGUACAUAACCUAAUAACAUUAGAAACUAAAAUCGUGGGUAAUUCAAUAAUGCGGUCUACCUCAAACAGUCAGUGAUUGAUGGUGAAAGUCUGUUUUCCCUGAUCUGGAACUUCAAGCUGGAUAUUGGUUUAUAUAUUAAGUGAUAGUUUUUGUAUUUUCCAGGACAUAAAUUGCAUUGAUUUGAUUUAAUCAUUAAUGUCCUAAAAACCAGAACACAAAUAGGAACCAAUCUCCUGCUCUUUGUACUUAAAAGAACUAUUACUAUUUACAUCUAAUGGAUUAAUAUUACCUUGAAAUUACAAGAAUGGGUUGGGAAGCAGUAGGAUGCAAUUCCCUCUUCCGUUCUUUUCAUCUGAACUCAUUUUAUACAUGGCAUGCUGAUUUUUCAUUAGGGCCUCCUUCAGUUCAGAACACUCAUGGACAUCUGAACUGCUCCAAGUGGUAAGGUUACAAAAGCACGACUGCCUCUGUGGCAGCUUUUUGUGGGAGCUCACAUUAACCCCAGUUCUCAUCCCUAAUUUAUUACUUUACAUGCUGCUAAUACUGGGUAGUCCAGUUGGACUAACUCCCUUUCAGAAACAGUGCUAAAGGAAUGGAGCAUGAAGUACAGGCUGUGAUUAUCCAGGUUGUCCAGAGAAGCUGUGGCUGCCCCAUCCCUGGCAGUGCUCAAGGCCAGGUUGGACACAGGGGCUUGGAGCAAGCUGCUCCAGUGGAAGGGGUCCCUGCCCGUGGCAGGGGUUGGAGCUGGAGGAGCUUUAAGGUCCCUUCCAACACAAAUCGUUCUAUGAUUCUGAAUGGAACUUAGCAGAACAAAUUGGGCUGGGAGAAGACUUCCUUCUGUUGACCAGGAAUGGAAGAGAUGCAGCUCCAGCAGGCCCCUGAUGAUGGGCAAAAGGCUGUGUUGGCUGAUGUAUGGUGGCACGGUAGCGGUACACCACUGGAUGUGGCUGUAGAAAGGCCUGUGAAGAAAACAUCUCUAUGCCCAGACACCUGGGAGCCUCAGUUCCCACUGUCAUCACUUCCAGUGACCUCUAUGGAACAAACAGCAUGUUUUCAGGAUGAAACCUUAAGUUUUCACAGCCAGUGGCAGCUGUUAGAAGAGGGUGUAAGUCCCCUGGGGGACAGGCACAGACUGGAGCCCUCUCCUGAUGGAAAGCAUGGUACAAAGCAACAAGAGAACUGUAACGUUAAGUCGCUUGAACGCUUGGACUGUUGGUGGCUUUCUUCUGCUAAACAGGGUCCUACAUGUAUCUGUGUAUUUGAAUAGCUGCUGUUCGUUGCACCAGUGCGUACUAGCAUGGAGCUGUGCCUGCUAGAGCUUCCUUGCUAGGACAGUGAAAGCACACUUGUUUUCUCUCUUAAACUGGAAUCCACUUUUGAAGCCCCAAAUUUUCACUCUAAAUGAUCUCUUACUUUCCCUCUACAAUUCCGUUGCACGCUUCCAAAUGAAAUACAUUGGAUUAAUGAGUUAGUGUUA